GUCAGGUUUGGACUCCCUCCGGUUUCUCAGUCACGAACCGACUUUAGUGUAUCUCAAGAUCCUGUCACAAAGCUCCCGGGCCAUAACACGCAACUUUUGCACGGAAACUUUUGGAAAAAGUUUUUCGGCCGCAGUAAAAAAGAUUUUUCUGGAUUUACAGUGUUGGGUGGAUUUUUUAUUUAGUGGGUGAUAUUUGUGAAAAUGGAAGUGAAAAGGAUUUUGCUUGUUUUGUGCCUGUGCGUGGUUUUUACCAGUACCCUUAGCAAGAAAGGCAAACCAAAACCUGAAAAUGACGAGGACACUUAUGGAGCUCUUUUAGACGAAGAUCUUCAGAAUGACGCUGAUGACGACGAAUAUGGUGUAGAUGGUCCGGACGACGGCCCAGAUGAUAUUAGCGAACCUGUUAGCGAGGAAGAACAUGCCGAGUUCAGGACGCAGCCUCAGGUGUUGGUGGCAAAAAUUGGAGACGUUAUCAAGCUACCGUGCCAGGUGUCAAACCACGAUGUUAUUAACAUUUGGCAGAGGGAUGACGUUCUCCUCUACCAAGGCCACGUGGCUGUCGAUACAGAGAAGUAUUCAAACAUACGCGAAUUUCCAGAUAACGCGUUAGAAGUCAAAAUUAACAAUGAAAAAGAUUAUGGCAAUUACUCGUGCAUCUUAAUAACUACGAACAUCAUCAAGAACAGACCCAGACUAAUCCAUAGAGUAGUCUCUCCUUCUCCUCCAAAAAUCAUUGACAUCCGGACAGACAAAAAUGAGUACAAGAUCGGAGAAACACUUAAGCUGACAUGUAUAGCUACAGGAGAUCCCAAACCCAUCAUAUCAUGGCACAAAGGAAACGAAAGACUGGAACUUCAUGGAGAAACUAUUCAAAUUCCAAACGUAACUCCCGAAAAUGGAGGUAUAUACAGAUGCUUGGCCGACAAUGGCUUAAAGGAACCCAGUCACAAACACAUCGCCAUAAACAUUGAACAUGCACCAAAGAUCUCAAUUUCCAAGUACCUAGUAACAUCUAACAAAGAAAGAGAUGCCGAAUUAGUGUGUACUGUAGAUGCCUACCCAGAUGCAAUGGUUUUUUGGAAAAAAGGUGACCAAAUCAUGAAAAACGACGAGACCAGGAAAGUUAUGACUAAGAGAAGACAGCACACCAUUGAAAGCAUUUUUGUCAUCACCAAUCUGACUGACGAUGACUUCGGUACCUAUACUUGUGUGGGCAAGAAUAGAAAUGGUAAGAAAGAAGAGAAAGUGAGCUUAGUGAAAACUCCUGCAGUUAGGGAUUUCAUCAAACCUGUAAAUGUCAGCAAAGACGUACUUUUGUCGUGGAAAGUUGAAUCGAAAUCGCCCAUAUCAGCACAUGAAAUUCAGUACAGGAAAAAGGGAGAAAACGACUGGAAAAUCGCCGUUCCUGAAGUAACCAACGGCGAAAAUGACAUGUACAUCAUCAAGUACACAUUACGAGACCUUGAAGCGGGCGCAUACGAAACGAGGGCGCGCUCACAGAACGAGCACGGUUGGUCGGAGUACUCUGACAUAAUGCCUUUCGAAGGUGUUUUAGCUAAACAUGGCUCUUCAGCUCACAAAAAUCACCACAAAAAACACCACAAAGAGAAAGAAUUGAAAGAAAAACACUCUUCCGUACAAGGAGACACAUCUGCACCCCAACAACAAGAAAUUAGUCAGAAAGAGGCACCAGUAGGAGAAUCAACACAUCAAGCUGGUUCUUCGAUAAAAGCUUCGACAGCCAUCUUAAGUAUAGCGCUGAUUUUGACCUUCUACAUUAGGCACUGAAGAGGCUAAGUAAAACAAUGUACAACUGAAUAUCUUCCAUGCACUGGUAGCUUAAAUACAAGAGAAAAACCAAAGUAUUUGACUAUUUCUAGAAUAAGUAAAUUAUGACCUUUUGUUGAUAGGCCAAAACUUUUUAGUACUUACAUUAGAACCAAAACUAUCUUAUUAAAAGCAUACGGGUUUUAAAUUUUUUACGCUAUAAUUUUCACGAUUUUUGUAUAAAAUUUAUUUUUGAAAUUUUUUGGGUUUAAUGUACGCUCCCGCUGGCCUGUUAUUUUCGUCUUAAAUUCAAGCUAUUAUAUCUUAGCUUCAUUUUUUUAUUUCUAAACUGACACCCUUGUACAUAAUUCCUUUAUUUUGUGUUCAUUUUAAUCCAUUAUGUUUUGGUUAUCAUGGAAAUACGUGAUGCUGAGAACUGGUAGCACUGGCUUAAAAUUGCUCCAGUUCUUAGUACGCUUUUCUUCUGUGAUUUAGCUGUUAUAAAAGUACCCAUGUUGACGAAAAAAUGUUUAGAAAUUUUCAGAUAUAUGAACACUUCCAAUAUUUGACCUGUUAUUGCACAGAGUUGCUAUCUCAAAGAAAGCAAAAAUGUACCUAACUGCUGUGAUUCUUUAAUAAAUAUAAAAUAUAUCUUCAACAUUUAAAUGUAGACUGUCUCUAGAGCAAAUUGUGGAAACUAAACAUUUUGAGAUGUAAUAUAACCACUUAAUCUGUAACACUUCAUUUAUAUCACCUUCACAUACUUACAACAAACUUUAUGGUGUAUAAGUUGCAAAUAAUAUGCUAAACCAUACGGUGAGAAUGAUGGGGAAGUUGGCAUUAACCAGGGACUUGAGACUUCGAACAGAUGGGAACAGCCAUACCUGUGUUCAAGAGUACCAUAAGGCAGUAAAUAUUAAAUUUAAAGUCAUAUACGGAGUUAGCUCACUGAUCACAUUUCUUCAUAUGUGUAUAUGUUCGGUCAUCACCAUUAUCUUUCUAGCUCAAGUCAGUUUUUAGCGUUAUCUUGUGUUACUUCGAAGAACGAGUUAAUCAGCGACAAGUUAUAUACACCUAGAUUUUCUCUAAUAUUUCGCCCAGAAUAGUUCUGGACCCAGAAAUAACAUAUUUGUUAGCCUUUGAGCUUGGUCACGUCUAAGUACUAUUAUGUAGGAUCUAUCUCACUUAAAGUACUUAUUUGCCCUGUACAUAACUUUUUUUACUGAAGUGGAAAAAUUCUAACUAAACCAACUUGGGAACCCGUGUGGAGGACCACAUGCUAGGACAUAAUACCCAAAGGACGCAUUAUAUAAGCCGUAUGCACCCCUGACCAGUCGUCUACCAACUAAAACGACCCCUUCUUCGGACAACGCAACUCCCCAAGAGUUCAACCGGUGAACGAAACAUUGGGAUGCUCUGCGAAGUCUAAAAAUUCUUACUGGAAAAACUGGAAAAUAUUUUUACCUAAAAGCUAUAACAACGGCUUAAAAUAACAUGCAAUAACAUCCAUUCUCUUUGGAAAAUAGUGCAAGCAAAAACGCAGUGUUUUCCGUCGUUUAUGACUCCUGACUCCACAAUCUGUAGGUUGCCUUUGUAAGCAGUUCUCAACGCUUCGUACCAUAUAGGCGCGCAGUAUAAGAGGGUAGCAUGUACAACCUAAAGGUACGUUCUUCUUUUCAAGGCAUUUUGACUGCCGAUGUUUGGCAUAAUUUUUGUUAAUCCGGCGGUUAUGUCUUUUGCUCUGUGAACUACUUUCAUCGGAUGAUUUAUGAAUCUUGAACCUGUGUCUAGUUGGAUGCCCAGAUAUUUAGCAUAGUACACAAACUCUAUCCUUGUACUACCUAUUACAAAAGUCAGAUUUGGACGGGCUUUAGAGCCUUUCAAGAUCAGAUUUUCUGUUUUUCUGAUGCCAACUCUAGAUCUUGUUUUACCAUCCAUCUGUUUACUUUUCUGUAGCUUCUGUUGACUAGAAUUUCUAACUCCAAGGUGUUUUUGCAUUGAAUGAGUAGAGCUAGAUCUACUGCAUAUGCAAUAGCUUUCCUAAUUAUAUUAGGGAUCCAUGCAGUAUAUCUGCUGAUAUUUUUAGGUUUUGCCACUUGAACGUAUCUUUCAUUGAUGUAGUCAUUAAUUAUAUUGAUCAAAUAAUCUGACACAUUUGCUUUUUUCAAUGCGGUGAUGAAGUGUACCCAGUUGGCUGAGUUGAAUGGGUUUGUCACAUCAAACAUCACCUUUCUACAGGGUUAGAACCGUAACACAUUUCAUUUACCAUAUCAAUAGAUGAUCUAGAUUUCCCUAAGUCCUGUACAUACCUGUAAAAUAUGUAACAGGGUGCAUUAGCGUGAGAAGUGGGGACCGUCUGGUAUUCAACGGCGCGCAGUGUGGCCAUUUAUAGGGCUAGACCCACUCUUGAGCAUCGACAAAGUCCUGUUACGUAAAAGUAACAUCUAAUUUAAAACUAAACAUGCUGUAUGUACGUUUUUUAUUAUUAUUUUAAGUGGUUAUAUUAACGAGCUUGGGUAUAAUUAAAGUAUGUUGUAUAUUAAUCGCUGAUUUUUUGAUUCUUUAUACAGAAGGGACAAUCUGCAGUGUUGCCAUAAUAUACUAAAUUAUUUUUUAAAUGGGGGAUCAAAGAAUUGGCACGAGAACUUAAUACAUAUAAGAAUAAGUUACCUGUUAAUAUUUUAUAAAUUCUUAUUGUUAGGUCCGGUCAGUAUUUUCACUUGAUUCGAUCUUUGUUCUUUGAAAAUUUUUGUAGUUUCCGUCUAGUCUGGGUUAUUAAUAUGGGAAUAUAUUUGUCCACGUAGUUCUAUAAAUAAAUCAAAUAAUUUUCUACAUUUUUUAAACGAAAUUUGGAAAUAUAGUCCGUUUGGCAUGUCUUUAGAAUCAAAUUUUUUGGAGUAUAUUUCUAAAUUUCCAAUUUUUUUAAUUUUAAGUUUAAUUGUACAUAUUAUUUUAGAUUUUAGUUGCGUGUGAUGUGACGUAUUUAUAUUUUAUAUUAUAAUAUAUUGUACUACCAGAAUGCCUAACUAAGUUCCCUAUCAUCUUUCUAUUAGGUUAAAUUAAAAGAAGAAGUUAUAAUGUAUCAUUUUCCUGAAACAUUUUACAGUAAUCUUUCGAUAAAUACACUUCAGUUCAAUAAAUUAUACAAUAAUUUAGAGAUAUUAUGGAGAAUUUUGUAAAAAUACAUCACUGUUUAAAAUAAUUAUAUGAGGUUUCUCAAGUUCAUUUAAGAAUGCCAUUCAAUUAUGUUACUACUGAAAAGUUCCUGGAAUAAUUGAAAAAACUACUGGAGCCACUUACUUAAAAAUAUAAUAUAAUGUAUACACCAGAAGAUAGAGAUCUUCAUCUGAAGAACAUGUUGAUUGGAAGUGUAUGAAACCCGUGAUACUUUUAGGCUCCGUCAAUAACAUCACAAUUAGAAUAGUUCUAAUUUUUGUUAACAUUGUGGUUUUUAAUACCCAUGUCUCAAAACCAUAUAAUGGGCUAUACCACACAUAACUUUUCAGGACUUUCUUGAGCAUCGACGAAGUUCUGUUGCGUAAAACUGGUUUCCAGUAAAAGCCUGGUAAAAGCCUUACGUAGUAUUUCGAUCCUGUUUAAUUAUCAGAGACUCUUUAUCAGAGUGAGUCACAAUUUGCAUUCAUUCAGUUGCUAAAGUAUUUAAAAGGGUUUAAACGUCCUAUCUCCUCUAAGAGAAAGCAGACCAACUGUAAUCGUAAUAUUUUCAACUGCCAUCUACUUUGUCGUUGAAAUGUUAAUUUUAAGGACUCUCUGAUAACUUGCCUCACUGACUAGGUUUAAGAUUAUCUGCCGAUCUGCUGCUCUAAAGAUUUAUUCAGAGUAUAGAUUACACUGGGUGACAAAACACAACUGUGUCGUACUCCACCUUUGCUUGGUAGUUUUACCUGUAAUAUACAGGGUGAGGCAAAUAAAGGGCCUAUUAGAAAUAUCUCGAGAACUAAAGGCAACAGAAUAAUGAAAAUUUGAAUUAAGGGGUUUUGAAGAGUCAUCUAUUUAAUGAAAAUAUUUUCAUCUAUUUGCUACUUCCGGUUAUACCGGAAGUUGCUUAUAACUUCGUUUUUUUAAAUGGGACACCCUGUAUAUUUUUAGAUUUUUGAAUUCUCUUCGAUGUCUUCUUUCUUAAAAUAUGAGGUUUUGUAAUGAUAUACAGGGUAUUUUAAAAGAUAAUUACGUUUUUUUAUUAAUUUCGUAGCAACAUUCACACCUUGUAUAAUUGUAGUAGUUUGACAUCUAAAACUCUACUUACAUUCAAAUGGUUUUUAAUAUAGUCUAUUAUUGUUAAGAAUCAUUAGUAUAGCUAAAUUUUUAAUUUCAGUAUACAGGGUUGGUCGAAACUCGGAAUGAGUAUUUUCUGAGUUUUGUUAAAUGGAACACCCUGUAUUUUAGUAUUGUAAUGAAAUGAUAUUUUAUGGUACUUUUUUAUUUCUUAAGCAUUCCCUAUACCUAACUGCUUUAAUUUGUGCUUAAUUGUUAAUCGCACCAACAAUCUUAACUACGUAGGUAUUUUGAUUGCUAAACCAUUAUUGGUAAUUUUAAGGAUCAGUCUGGAUUAAUAUGUAUUUAUUUCUGAAAAAUUAUUUGUGACUGAAUUUUUUCACGGCCAACCUAAUAAAAUUUUACGUAUUUUUUGUUGCAAUUAAUGUUUAGCUUGAAUCACCAAUAACUCACAAAUGAAAGCAAUUAGGUAUAGGGAAUACUUAUAAAAUAAAAAAGUACCAUAAAAUAUCAUUUCAUUACAAUACUAAAAUACAGGGUGUUCCAUUUAAGAAAACUCAGAAAAUAUUCAUUCCGAGUUUCGACCAACCCUGUAUACUAAAAUUUUAAAACUAGCUAUACUAAUGAUUCUUAACAAUAGUAGACUAUAUUAAAAAUCACUUGAACGUAAGCAGAGUUUAUAUUGUCAAACUAUUACAAUUCUACAGGGUGUGAAUAUUGCUACGAAAUUAAUAAACAAACGUAAAUAUCUUUUAAAAUACCCUGUAUAAUAUUACAAAACCUCAUAUUUUAAGAAAGAAGAUAUUGAGGAGAAUCCAAAAAUGUAAAAAUAUACAGGGUGUCCCAUUUAAAAAAACGAAGUUAUAAGCAACUUCCGGUAUAACCGGAAGUUGAAAAGAGAUGAAAAUAAUUUCAUUUAAUAGAUCAUAUUUCAAAACCGCUUCAAUCCAAUUUUCAUGAUUCUGGUACCUUUAGUUCUCUAGAUAUUUCUAGUAGGCCAGUUAUCUGCCUCACCCUAUAUAUUAUUUCUGAGGUUAGUUGCAGAGGUGGUUUUUUAUCAAUUAUCCCAGAUUUUUACAUCUUAAUUCAACUGUAAGUUUUAAAGGAUAACUGCUAAAAUUUAUAAAUUAAAACCGAAGAAUAUGGAUAAGUGAAUGUUUCUAGUUGUGUAAAACUCAAAACAAAAAAAAACUAUAAUAUAUCCUUUAACAAAGAAAAAUAUCAACGUUUUGAGUAAUGUCACUUUUCUUUUAAACCCUUUUUAAACAUUGACGAAAAAUUCCUAGGACACUUCUUGAAAUACAACGGUUUUCAUGAUAAAAAACGAUACGGUCACCUCGAACGUCAGAGCAUAACUCAAAAGUGUCAUUGUUCCAAAAUAAAAAUAUUGAUUUUACCGCCAAAUGAAUACCGCCAUCUUACUAAGUUGGAAGUAAACAUCUGUGACACUUUUCCUUGUAAAAGCACAGAAUUUUUGGAGCCAAUUUUUUACAAUGUAACGGGAAUUAUGCAUUUUUUGAGUUAUGUCACCUUUCUUCCGGACGGGCGACAUAUAAAUAUAUACUUUAUCGAAAGAUUACUGUCAAAUGCUUUUCUGAAUAGGUAAUUAGUGUUGAACUGACCUGGGGAACUGUUCAAAUGCCUUACACUCGAAUGUUUGGGACGAGAACACAGCGUCUAUCAAAAUGUUGGUUUUAUAGUGUCUUAGAAUUUUGAAAUUGGGAUUUUUGAAUGUAAAUGACGAUAUGGUGCUGACUGAAGACUAUGAGACUGUGGUGCUAUUGGAAAAAGUAUCAAUCAUAACAUUUUUUAAUUAAACAUUUGCAUGGAUAGGUUUUUUAUCUAGUUUAAAUAUUCAUUGUGCCAUGCAGAUUCUUUUUUAAGAAUGGUUUUGUAAAGAGUGUGUAAAACCAACUUUUUUCAAGACAGCUGUCUUUCUAGUGGAAUUAUUUUUGUCCUCAAAAUUUAGAAAAAUCGAAUGCUGUUUUGAACUACAAAUUGGUUGGAAUAUACUAGACAAAAGAGUGAAUAUUUGUUAUGUUCCUUCUUGCUUAAUGGCAUUUAAAGACAAGAAUGGUGAAGUAUUGUACUUUUUCUUUUAUUAAUCAAUCAUUUGUUGAUCUUUGAAAUUCAAAUUGUAUCCAUUAAAUUACAUUCCAAUAUUAUGCCACAAUGGUAAUACAAGGUGAUUAAAUGAAACGGUACGAUUUGGCAACGCUGCUGACGAUAAAAUAGAGGUGCCGCGGGCUUGCGACGUAAACGUUCUGAAUCUAGAGAGUGGGAAGUUUAGUUAUCAUGGAGACGUGGUAAGCUUAUUACAAAAAUGGUGAAAGUUUUGUGCCUGUACAACAAGCGUUUCGUUUGGACUACCAUUUGCCGCCCCGCUGUGCAGUUCAUUCUAAUAUGGUUAUUAAGACUUGGGUUAGGAACUUUGAAACUGAUGGUUAACAUCACGGAAAAGAGGUGGCAGUGUCAGAAUCUUCGAGGACUUGCACCGCUUCAAUAUUAUGUGGUGUGCGAGCAGUUCUGAUACUGCCACCUCCUUUCUGUGAUGUUAAACCACUACUUUUAAAGUUCCUAACCCAAGUCUUAAUAGCCUUGUUAGACGGAACUGCAGCGCGGGGCGGCAAACCGUAAUCUAACCGAAACGCUCGUUUUACAGGCACAAAACUUUCACCAUUUUUGUAAUAAGCUUUCAUACCGAAUACGCAUUGUUCACCCCACUACGUCUCCAUGACAACUAAACUUCCUUACUCUCUAGAUUCACAAUUUUUACGUUAAAAGCCCACGGCGGCGCCUCUAUUUUAUCGUCAGCAGCGUUGCCAAAUCGUACCGUUUCACUAAACCUUGUACUUUAAAAAAGCUUUUUGAUAUUUUAAAUUGUUUUCAUAAACUCUUCAAUAAAUAUGCAGUUUUUCUAAAUAUUGAAGACAAAUGUAGAUCAAUAAAAUUGUUAAUAUACUAAAAACACCUCUAAGUAAAUAUCUAUUAAAAAUUGUUGCUUACUGUAUCAAAGUACGAUUUCAAGAACAAUUCUCUGUAAUUGUUGAUAGAACAAUCUUAGCUAGGUCCAUUUGGUUUUUUAGAAAAUAAACUGUUAUAGUCUGAUGAUGGCAUAUCGCUGUUUUGACAAACAUUUACUGUAGAAGAUCAGAAAUUGUUUUUGAAAUUGUAUUUAACAAUUGUAUAUGAAUGUAUAGAGAAAAAAAAUAAAAAAAAUAUUUCAAUA